AUGAGCGAGUACGAUAAGUACGAUAGCUACAACUAUCUUUCUCCUGCAAGGCAAAUUCGUAGGCGUGGUGGCGCCAUGCGCGGCAAUGAGAAUAUGUAUGAUAGCCAGGCGACACGCGCACAUGAGCUCCUGGACCAGUACAAGAGAGUUGUCGAUCUUGCCGAGCACCUCGGGGAGCUGGAUGACAGCCUGCGCGUCAAACGCGCCUGUGCCACACCGGUACCGUCGAUCGUGGUUCCCAUCUACCUCGUAGCCUGCUCAGGCCACCCUUAG